GGACCCACUCACCAACUUCUCUAUCAGCUCCUAACUUCAUACAUAGGGGAUGAUGGAAAGGAUCAGUUAGAAAGAAGACGGUGCCUUCUGCGCUAACCCUUCAUAGGAAACCCUACACUCUCCACUGAAGGGCAGAAGGGAUACAUAUGAGAUCAACACUCCGAAAGGAACAAGCUGCUGAAAUGUGGGCUGCCAUGCUGAUGACUAGCAAACAGCCCCGGGCUAAGUGUCACCUGCUUUGGAUCUUAAGUUCACACUAGCCUGAGGUACAGUCUAAGAAAGGAAGAAGUGGAAGGAAACUGACUGCGGCGCCUCCUCUAGUGCAUCUUUUCCUAUGUAAAUGAUAGAAAAGUGAAAUCACAGCUAAUAAAACAGAAAAACAGUUGAAGAUGCUAAGAUUCUGGAAACAUGACUUUGUCCUAAUACCUGGAGAAGAGAGAAAUUCUCAUACCAAAAAAUAAGAAAGUGAUGUUCCAUUGGAAACCUCUGCCAUGGAUAAGUUGCAGUGCAUUGCCAUAGACCUCAGAGAUGUGCUGAGGACAAUCAGGCUGAAAGCUAAAUAUGGUCUCUUCAUAGUCUUAGUGGUGGUUCUGGUCAUCAUUGAGAAGGAAAACAAGAUCAUCUCAAAAGUUUCGGACAAACUUAUCCUGAAGCAAAUGCCACAGAACAUAUUUGAGAUCAACAGUACAGACUCCAAUGUUGUCUACGCAGAAAAUGGUUCAUUGCUAUCGCUUAGUGAGCUGGACUCUGCUUUUUCUCAGUUUAGGAAACAACUAGUUAAUGUCACCCUACAACUUGGUGGGACUGACCCAUUUCUUACAGACCUUCCUAAAAUGCCUCGUAGGCAUAUACUGCUGAUGGCCACGACACGCACAGGCUCCUCUUUUAUAGGCGAGUUCUUUAACCAACAGGGAAAUAUCUUUUAUUUGUUUGAACCCCUAUGGCACAUUGAAAGAACGGUGUCUUUUGAAUCUAUUGGCGCAAAUGCAGUUGGUUCAGCAAUUGUUUACAGAGAUGUUCUCCAGCAACUUCUCCUCUGUGAUCUACAUAUCUUGGAGAACUUCAUUUCACCACCUCCUGAAAACCACCUCACAAGGUUCUUAUUCCGUAGAGGGUCUAGUAAGUCUUUAUGUGAAGACCCAGUGUGUACUCCAUUUGUCAAAAAAGCUUUUGAAAAGUAUCACUGCAAAAAUCGCCGAUGUGGUCCUCUUAAUAUGACCUUAGCAAUGGAAGCAUGUUUAAGAAAAGAACAUGUGGCUGUUAAAGCAGUACGAAUCCGGCAGCUGGAGUUUCUACGUACUCUUGUGGAAGAUCCACGACUUGAUAUGAGGAUAAUACAGUUAGUACGUGACCCAAGGGCUGUACUGGCCUCUCGCAUGGUAGCAUUCUCUGGAAAAUAUGAAUCAUGGAAAAGAUGGGCCCUAGAAGGGGCAGCUCCUAUACAUGAGGAUGAAGUCCAAAAACUAAGGGGGAACUGUGAGAGCAUCCGUUUGUCUGCAGAACUGGGAUUGAGGCAACCAAACUGGCUUAAAGGUCGCUACAUGCUUAUACGAUAUGAAGACAUUGCUAGAUUUCCUCUUGAAAAGGCCAAAGAAAUGUAUAAGUUUGCUGGGAUAACACUUACACCACAGGUGAAAGAGUGGAUUAUGAAGAACACUCAAGCUUCCCAAGACAGUAAUGGUAUCUAUUCUACACAAAAGAACUCUUCAGAACAGUUUGAGAAGUGGAGAUUCAGCAUACCAUUUAAACUAGCCCAGGUAGUUCAGGAUGUGUGUGAACCAGCAAUGAAACUUUUUGGCUACAAGCUGGCUAAUGACUUAGAGACACUUACAAAUCGAUCCAUCAGUUUGCUAGAAGAUAAGGUAAAUUUUUGGGUGACGUAGUGUUUUGCUAUUUAAAUUAUUUAUAUCUUGGGUUAAGAACUGCCAUUGAACUUUGUGCUUAUAAGAGGGGAGGCACAUGGAAGAGGGCCAAUUUGCACCUGCUGAGCCACAAUGCGCCAUCUUUUAAGCCUGUGUGCAUUUCUCCGUAUAGCACUUUCUUACUGAAAUGUCCGGGGAAGAAGCUGAAGAUGCCGAUUAUCCAGAUUGGCUUUUAAAGUAGAUAAUUCCUACUGAUGUACAGAAACUGCUGACUUUUUCAGGUACUACAAGAAUCUAUGCCUGGAAGUAGUAUUUUUCUCUCCACAGCACAAGCUGUUUUCUGAAGCCACGUCGAGGAUUUUCUGCACUACAAGGCAUCCAAAGAGUUCAAAGACUCUGCAAAAACGUCGAAUUGCUUAGAAGAAUAUGCAGCACAUAAAUUAUGAAAUCACACGUCCAGAGGAUGAAAGCUUUACCAUUUUGUGGGGCAAACAACCUUUGUGAAUGGUUAUUUUCUUAAAUGAUAGGUUUAUAAUUUAGUGGACUGUUUUACAAGUAUUGGUGCCAGUCAGAGCAGAUGUUUGCUUUACGACACUCAGAAUAUGAGAGACGUUCUAUUGCAAAAAGAUAAUGUAUUUAUGAUAUACAUGGGCACUCCAAGUCCUUAUCAUUUCACACAAUGAUUUCCAGCUUUACCAAGUGUCUUUUUUUUUUUUUUUUUUCUUUUCAACACAGUCGUCUGUGGCUUUGCAUGUCAAAUGAAAUACUUCAUACCGGAGGAAGCUAGUUUUGUUUUUUUUUCCUUUCGGCUUUGAGGUUGCACCACCUGUUUCUCACUCUGGCUUGUUCUAACACUCCAUAAAGUGUGAGGAGACAUCUCACCUGUCUUCUCCUUUCAUUGAGGUUGGUAAUGAGAUAAUAAAUGCUUUUCAAUAGGACUGCAUAGUACUCAGAGCAACGUAGUGGGCAGCUGGUUUUGUCCAAACAUUUAUUAUUAGUUUAAUGUAGCAGUUAGACUAUAAUUUAAGAUCAAUAUGAAGGAGCUUUUUUUUAGUCCAGACAUAUUAAGGCUUUCUCACUGGUAUACAGCACAACUAGUAUACAGUAGCCAAUAGACUCACCCUGGGAACCAAUUCCAGUAUUCAGCAGGUUUUUUUUUUUAGAUACUUCUCCCUUCUCCCCAUGAUCUAUUGCACAAUGUUCCUUAAUUAAAUUAUGAUUACACCAAAAAACUGGACUCUCAUGUUUGGUUGAAUAUGGCAAAUUCACAAUCUCAUAUCAUUUUAAGGUUUUCCUGGGGUCCUGUGAUUAUUUGGCACUCAGUGCUGGAUACCAAGUGAAUCCAUUCUUUGGACUAGUCCUAAUGUACUAAAAAUGUGAAUCUGCAGUUUCAUCCAAUACGCCACAAUUAUUUUAUUAUAUUAGAAAAGCUAUUUAACGAUAGGGAAACCAUCAGUAAUGAUGAUCUGGGAUCGUGUCAUCUAUGGUGCCUUGAAUAGGUAUACUUGGGCUUCACUGUAAAUUAGAAUCAGAUUAUUUAUACCAUUUUAGGAGUUUCAGGUCUCUGAAAGAAACCAUCUUUGUUAUGAGAUUGUGUUGGUUAAAAGUGCACUUUAUGUAAAAAGUUCAUCACCUGUACAUAUGUAAUUACCAGCAUGUAGGAACAUGUACUGCUCUAGGAUUUACCAAGUAAACAUCUAAUUAUAAAGUUUUUUUUUAUUCCUUUAACAUGGCAGAAGAAUGAUCAGACAUGACAAUAAUUUGUAAAGAGCAGGUGUAUUGUAUAAAGAUGUUAUGUCAUAAUUCUUUUUCAUGCUGUCCUGUGAUAAUGUAUUGUUGCCUUCAUUUAAAUUCCUUAGAGCUUAAGGUCAUGUCAAGAUGUGAAAGAAAAUAUCUGCCAUUGAUUUACUACAAAUGUGUUACAGUAGAAUCUCCCAAUAGCGGACACUCAUGGGGGAUAAAAAAGUGUCCACUAUUGAGAGAUGUCUGAAUACUGUACUGUACUCACUUCUCUGUGUAAUUACCUAUAAAACAUGAUAAAAAGCAAUAUUACAGGACAAUCAACCAGUGCUGUUUAAUCGCCCUUAUCCCAUAAUUUCAUCCACCGUUUAUACCCUGUUCCACCUUAUGCCUUGUACCCUCUGUGUAAAUUCAUCACCCCUCUUUAUGAAGUGGCAAAGGGGGAUAAAGGGGGAAUUAAAUAGCACAGGGGAAAUCAAGAGAAAAUUAUGUGGCACAGGGGGUAAAAAGGGGAAGGGAUGAUUUGACACAGGGGGAAUAAAGUGGCACGGGGGGGGGGGAUCAGGAAAGGAGGGGAGUGAAUGAUGUGGCCGACGGAUGUACAGGAGCAUGGGACCACUGAGGUCUUCUGCUUCUGUGCUGCGGCUGCUGCAGAGGGCUGCAGUGGGGGCCUGGGCCUCUUACUGGGGUAUUGGCUGUACCCCCUGAUGGCGACCUUGUGUUUGAUAGUACAUAAGCCUGGUUGUCCCCUAUUGGGAGUGUUUUGUCCCCUAUUGGGAGUGUUUUGUUCCCUAUUUUCCCCUAUUGGGUGUGUCCACGUCCAUUAUUGGGAAUGUCCCCUAUUCGGAGGGUGCAAAUACAUUAAGUCUUAUGGAACUCUGCCGGGAAAUUAAAAACUGUCCACUACUGGGAGGCGUCCCCUAUUGGGAGGUGUCCACUAAGGGAAAUUUCACUGUAUGUGCAUUUGUGUGCUUCAACAUUUGGGCAGCGUUGGGGUUCAGUGGUUAGCAUUGUUGCCCUGCAGCAUCGGAGUCCUGGGUUCAAAUCCUACCACGGCAAUAGCUGAAAAGAGCUUUAAUAGUGUAGUGUAGUGUAGUGUAUAAUAGCUUUUAUAGUGUAUCCUCCAAAACGGAAUUUAGAUCGUACUUCCAUUGAAGAUAGAGACCAAUGCAAUAAUUGGACAGUUUUCAGUGUUAUGGAAUAUGUUGGGGCUAUAUAUAUAUAUAAUAUAAAAGGCCUAUGACUAAGAGGCAACUGCAUGCCAUGCCAUCCCAGUGGACCACCAAUGAUCACACAGGAACUUACACAGAGAUGUGGCAGUGCAAGAGUGAUGAGGAUGUUUAAAGGUAAGUAUUAGGAGGUUCAUUAUUUUAUUUAUUUACAUUUUACAAUUGUAAUAUUAUGGGAGACAAAACCUUAAUGAUUUGAUUAUUUUACUACUGGCCAUAUUGUUCAAAUACGCUGCCUGCAUAUUGCUGAUAUACUAGACCACCAGUGAAAUGUAACCCAAUCCAUUAUAAGUAAUUAGACAAUUACACAUUUAUGAGAUGCGUGCACAUAAUACUUCUCUUUAGGUUGCAUGUAUUUUACACUGACAGCAUUUACCGUGUUAUAAAGAUCAAAUGGAUAGUUUGAAAAGUGGCAUAUGGUAUGCAGACAUAUAAUAGCUACAAUAUGAAUGUUUACUGUUAAAAUAGAAAGGCCUUUGGUGUUUAGGGAAUAAGCUACUUUUUGAUACUGCCUAUACACCCUGCUGAGCCAUAGACUACAAAUAAAAAGUAUGUUUCUUAAAGAUUUAAGCAUUCUAGAUGUGGUUACAUUUCCCUGCCUUCUACUUAUUGGAAAAUAAUCAAUGUUUCUUCCUUUAAUAUCCAAUUGUAUGUAAAAUAUGCAGACAGCAACACUAUUUUGAUAUUAAAACCAGUAGACUAAAGUAUAAGUGUGGUGCCCUAUACAUUUUUGGAAGUUUUGGUAAGAUUUGGCACAUAUUUUAAAGGGGUACUCCGCUGCUCAGCGUUUGGAACAAACUGUUCCGAAUGCUGGAGCUGGCGCCAGGAGCUCGU